AUGAGUGAUAUUAUUCUAUCAUCGAGCAACAAAUGCUGGCUAGUAGUUAUUUAUAAUUAGAUGUAGUCUAUCCGUUUAUGGGAUGUUAAGACAGGAUAAUAAAAAGCCAAAUUAGAUGGUCAUUCUGAUUAUGUAAGAACAAUUUGUUACUCUCCUGAUGGUACUACAUUAGCAUCUGGUGGUGGGAAUUAAUAUUAUUAGGGAGAUAACUCUAUCCGUUUAUAGGAUGUUAAGACAGGAUAAUAAAAAGCCAAAUUAGAUGGUCAUUCUGAUUAUGUAAGAACAAUUUGUUACUCUCCUGAUGGUACUACAUUAGCAUCUGGUGGUGGGAAUUAAUAUUAUUAGGGAGAUAACUCUAUCCGUUUAUAGGAUGUUAAGACAGGAUAAUAAAAAGCCAAAUUAGAUGGUCAUUCUGAUUAUGUAAGAACAAUUUGUUACUCUCCUGAUGGUACUACAUUAGCAUCUGGUGGUGGGAAUUAAUAUUAUUAGGGAGAUAACUCUAUCCGUUUAUAGGAUGUUAAGACAGGAUAAUAAAAAGCCAAAUUAGAUGGUCAUUCUGAUUAUGUAAGAACAAUUUGUUACUCUCCUGAUGGUACUACAUUAGCAUCUGGUGGUGGGAAUUAAUAUUAUUAGGGAGAUAACUCUAUCCGUUUAUAGGAUGUUAAGACAGGAUAAUAAAAAGCCAAAUUAGAUGGUCAUUCUGAUUAUGUAAGAACAAUUUGUUACUCUCCUGAUGGUACUACAUUAGCAUCUGGUGGUGGGAAUUAAUAUUAUUAGGGAGAUAACUCUAUCCGUUUAUAGGAUGUUAAGACAGGAUAAUAAAAAGCCAAAUUAGAUGGUCAUUCUGAUUAUGUAAGAACAAUUUGUUACUCUCCUGAUGGUACUACAUUAGCAUCUGGUGGUGGGAAUUAAUAUUAUUAGGGAGAUAACUCUAUUCAUUUAUGGAAUGUUAAGACAGGAUAAUAAAAAGCCAAAUUAGAUGGUCAUUCAAUAGCAGUUUAUUCAAUUUGUUACUCUCCUGAUGGAACUACAUUAGCAUCUGGUAGUAAUGAUAACUCUAUCCGUUAUGGGAUGUUAAGACACAAGAGGAAAUCGUCUCGUCAGAUCAUCGAUAUAAAAACAUUUUAGCAUAAUUUUAAACUCCAAUUUUUAAUAAAACAUGAUUAACAAUAAUGGUAUUAAUUAUCUAUUAUUAUUUAGUUUCAUCGAUUAUCACGAAUCUUCUGAUAUCACAAUAGCUUAUAUUUUAAUCUUAAGGAGCGCUAAUUUUGAGAAGAGAAUUUACUAAUCGUGGGCAUCAACUUGA